GGCGGGCGAUGGCAAGAAGGGAGAGGGUCCCCUUUCACGUCGGCGAGGAGGUCGAAUGCACGACAUUCAUGGAAGGGUAUCGAGGCGCUUGGUUUCGUGGCAAGGUAAAGGAAUGGCGGCGCUGUUUUGCUCGAUCUUGAGGCGUUCUUCUCACAGAUUUUGGAGUGGAAGAGGCCUCCCAGCGGCGCAAGAUGCUUGGUGCGAUAUUUGGAUUUCACAGAUAGUAUGUGGUGUUGUGGUGAUUCUUUCCUCGGACGGAUUUCUCAUCUCCCCUCUCCCCUCUCACAUUUCUCGCUCGAGCAGGAGACUACUCGCACAAGCUCUAUCAGGUGGUGCCAAACAAGCGGCCGAUGAAGAGGAUGAUGGUCCGGCCAGCGUAUCCUCUCAUGGUCGCUCCGGCCGAUCCGAAAGAGGUUUCCAAGCUACAUUCUUUCUUCGAUCGGGAUUGGGCGGUGGGAGAUCACGCCGACUACGUGCUGAGCGGCGCGUUUUGGGAGUGUAUGGUGAUCGAGAUGGUGAGCGCCGAAGUUGUGAAGGUAGGAGAGCGUGUGAUUCUCUUUCCUGUCCUUUAAGUCGGUUUUGUUUCCUUGUCACACAGAUUCGGUGCCCCGAUUUUCCGUUUGGAGAGGGAGGAGACUAUCAAGUUUGCAAGAAUGAGCUGAGACCAGGCUUGCAAUGGUCGAUGGAGUCUGGCUGGUCCGUCAAGAAAAACACGCUCAUGCCUGAGCUUCCUCCUCUGGUAAACCUGGAGAGUCCUGCUUUUGCUACUCGACGAGAAGAAAGACACAAGCUUUCUCCUAAAGUGGCGAGCAUGAUCACAGACUCCGGACCUGAUGAAAGCUCGACGUCAUCUGCUCCAUGUGCGGCAGAGAAUGAAAAUGCAGCAGCUGAUCAAGGAUUCCUUGACGAGCAAACUACGUCAGAUGAGGAGGAGUUGGAAGAUAUGUCCACGCUAGGAGAAAUGGUGGAGAAGGUCAGAUUCAUGAGGGACGUGCUCGAGUAUGGGAUGCGAGGCUGUUUAGCGCUCAGAUCGCAAGUAGACUGGGAGAUAGUUGCUAAUCAGUAGGAUUACUUACUACUUCGGGGAUAGUCGACGACCAGUAUCUAACUACAGAAGCACCUUUCUGGACGCAGAAGGAAAUGA